UCGAUCUGGGCAAGCGACGGCGAGGAUGCGUUCGCGCUGCUGUGUUCAAAAGGCGAUCGUCGGAAGGGUAGCGUGACGCGGCGGAUUUUUGCGAAGAGAGCGAAAAUACGAGAAUUAAGGAUAUUUGAGAAGUAGGAUCGGCGAGAGACGAAGAGAGAGACGAGGAUAAAUCGUCUUUAGAAGGGAAGACGAGGAUUAAAUAGCAAAAUCAAAAAAAGAAAGAAAAAAUUAAAAGGAUACUGAAAAGAUAAAUAGACAAGCAAGGAAUGUCAUAAAGAUAAAGACAAUAGGAUAAUCGUACGAAGAAGGAGACAAAGAAGUAUACCAAUAAGGAUAAUAGCAAGGAGAAACACACACAAGGAUAAAACUGUGAAGUGAAGAAAAAGUGGUUUUUUGUCGUCGUUUGAAUCGGUGACUUUCGUAACCAUGCUCGCCCACGUACACAUCGACGACACGCCCCUCCACGACGCCCACCUCAAGGCCCCGCCCCUUCACGAUGCCCCCAUGAAGCCCACGCCCCUCAAAGCCACGCCUCUUUCCGAUGCCCAGACGUACCCUCGGGGCACCGGCGCGAAAAUCGAGCGGAAAGAAGACCUCGUAGUCCACGGGCACCCAGGUUUGGUCGUGGCGCCAGGAGAAUGGGUACGCGCCCUUGGAAACAUGGAAAUGUUCAUGCAGAUCGGCGGUGAAUACGGGUCUCUGAAUACUGUGCAGGCGCUGUGGCUGUCCUCCACGGAUCCCAUCAGGCCAGAGGACGUUAGGGACGCCGUCAACGCGGUGGCAGAGAAGAACCACGUGCUGCAGCUGUGCGUGGUUUGGCGCGGGGUGCGGCCCUGGUUCCGGCGCAUGGAGCAGCUGGUCGUGGACUUCGCCGUCGAUAACCAGGAUGCCAUGAGCGCCUUCUACAUGCUUCUUCAGAUGAAGUACAACUUCGCACAAGGCCCUUUGUGGCGAGCCAGGCUGGUUCCGUUGCCGCAGAAGUCUGUGGACGGGCGCCAUGAGGCGGUGCUCAUCAUCUGCGCGCACCACUGCAUUACCGACGGCCUCACUAACAUGCUCAUCUGCCGCGACAUCAUGCACGUGCUCAACGCAACCAUGACGGGCGUCAUGUACGACGUCCCGACGCGCACCGUGAUCCCAGCCAUCACCGACGUGCUGUACUCGCGCACCGACUGGUGGUAUUCGGUCAAGUACUUGUGGAAAAAGUUCUACGGCACCUUCAUCCGUGACUACGGCUCCAAACUCUACUUCAGAGGCAUUCUCCCUCAGCCUAGCACCGAUGAGGCCGUCACGAGAAUCCUGCACGAACAGCUCACCACGGACAGCACCAAGAAGCUGGUGCAGCGCUGCAAGGAGGCCGGCGUGACCGUGCACUCCUGCAUCUCCGCCAUUGCGUACGUGGCCAUGUUCCGCGUGGCCCAGCAGCGCGUCAAGGGCAAGCUGGACGAGGCCAUCGUGAACCUGUCCAACUGCGUCAACAUGAGACGCUACUUCAACCCCGCCAACAAAGAGUCUCCGGGCUGCCACAUUGCCCUCGAGGAAAAGGAGAUCCUCGUCCGGAGCAGCGACGGCGCGACGAGGGACAAUUUCUGGGAGUUCGCGAGGCGCGUGCACGAGAACCUGCACAAGAGCCUGAACGUCGAGCACUACCCCAUCAAGAACUGCUCCGUGUACAUCCCCUUAGCCUUCAUCAUGUGCGCAAACCACGAGCUCACGCGCCGCGCCCGCAAGAACCUCACGGACUGCCACGUUAUCACCACCAACAUGGGCAACCUGCAGCACCUCCUGCCGAGCCACUACGGCGAUGGCCCCGUGGAGAUCACCAGCCUCCUGCGUUCGGUAAGCAGCGAGCUGGUCGGCCACCCGUGCACCCUCACGUUCCACACGUUCCGCGGCAGGUUCAUGAUUUCCCUCGAUUACUUCACCAACAAGAUGACGGAAGACGUCGCCAGCCACUUCUUCUCCAACAUGACGGGUUACAUCAACAACCUCGUUACCGUGGGAGCCAUCGAACGACAAGUGGCGUAGUUCCACCCGGUUCUCAGACCCUGCUGAAUCAGGGUCACCCAAAGGGGGAAUACAAAGACUAUUAUGCGCUUGGGUGUUGGGCAUUUCCUAGACAUUCGGACGAUAAAAAAUCACUUAAAAGUUAAAAACUGCCACACGGUUCUAAUGUGAAGCAAACCAUGAAAUUUGUAUAUAGAGUGAUUAUACGUUUUAAUGCAAUAUUUCCAGGUGUGGCAGAAAGCGAAAAUAUAAAAGAACCCUAUGACUUUUUUAUGCACAUGUGCAUGCACGUAAAUGCACAAAUACAAACACACACGUGCAAAUAUAUAUAUAUAUAUAUAUAUACAUAUAUAUAUAUUUAUAUAUAUAUGUGUAUCUAUAUAUACAUAUAUGUAUAUAUAUACAUAUAUAUAUAAACGAA